UCGAGUUGUUGUUCGAAAACGCACCUCUCGACGCGCAAAAAAAAAAAAAAAAGAAAAAAAAAAAAACCAAACCCUCUCGUUCUGUUUCAAAUUUAUCCCCAAGACUCGAUGAGAGACAGGGGUUCAAGUUCAGUUCACUUCAGUUAGCUUCAGUUUCUCAGCUAAACGACGUCGUCUGUGGUUCCGGAAAAAUGCCUGGAGAGCUUGAACAGCAGCUGCAGGAGGUUGGAUCGAAGCUCGAGGCGCCUCCGUCCAACAAAGACGCUCUCGUCAAGCUCUUAAAGCAAGCUGCAACAUGUCUGUCGGAGUUGGACCAAUCUCCACCGGCUUCAAUUUUAGAGGCAAUGCAACCUUUUCUUAAUGCAAUUGUCAAGCCAGUAUUUCUUAAGCAUCAAGAUAAGGAUGUAAAGCUUCUAGUAGCAACCUGCAUUUGUGAGAUAACCAGGAUUACUGCACCUGAAGCUCCUUACAGUGACGAAGUUCUCAAGGAUACUUUUCAGUUGAUUGUGGGUACUUUUAGUGGGUUAAAGGAUACCAGUGGUCCUUCAUUUGGAAGGAGAGUUGUCAUUCUGGAGACUCUUGCAAAAUAUAGGUCAUGUGUUGUGAUGUUGGAUCUUGAAUGUGAUGAUCUAGUGAAUCAAAUGUUCAGUACAUUUUUCGAUGUUGCCAGUGAUGAUCAUCCAGAAAAUGUUUUAUCAUCAAUGCAAACAAUCAUGAUUGUUCUAUUAGAAGAAAGUGAGGAUAUUCAAGAAGAUCUUUUACUUGCUAUAUUGUCUGUAUUAGGUCGUAACAAAAGUGAUACCCCAAAGAGGCUUGCUAUGAAUGUUAUAAAGCAAUGUGCUGGAAAACUUGAAGCUGGCAUAAAACAAUUCCUCGUGUCAUCAAUGUCAGGCGAUAGCAGGCCAGAAAAUAGUCAAAUUGACUACCAUGAAGUUAUUUAUGAUAUUUAUCGUUGUGCUCCUCAGAUCUUAUCAGGAGUUGUUCCAUACCUCACUGGAGAGUUGCUGACUGAGCAGCUGGACACUCGUUUAAAAGCAGUGCAAUUAGUCGGAGAUCUGUUUGCUCUGCCUGGGUCUUCUAACACAGAAGCAUUUCAGCCUAUCUUUUCAGAGUUCUUGAAAAGGUCGACUGACAGAGUAGUUACCGUUCGUAUGUCUGUCCUUGAUCAUGUCAAGACCUGCCUGCUGUCAGAUCCUUUAAGGGCUGAGGCUCCCCAACUUCUCUCUGUCCUCUGUGACCGGCUCCUGGACUACGAUGAAAAUGUACGAAAGCAAGUUGUUGCUGUAAUUUGUGAUGUGGCGUGCCAAGCUCUGAAUUCUAUUCCUGUUGAGACUUUGAAACUAGUUGCAGAGCGUAUUCGAGACAAAUCUCUACUUGUUAAAAUUUAUACUAUGGAGAGGCUGGCUGAGGUUUUCAGAGUAUAUUGCCUGAGGUCCUCUGGUGGUUCAGUAGAUCAUAAUGAAUUUGAUUGGAUUCCUGGGAAAAUUUUGAGGUGUUUCUAUGACAGAGACUUCAGAUCUGAUACAAUUGAAUCUAUUCUAUCUGGUUCCUUGUUCCCAACCGAGUUCUCAGUAAAAGAUAGAGUAAGACUUUGGGUGAGAGUUUUCUCUGGCUUUGACAGAGUUAUGAUGAAGGCUCUUGAGAAGAUCCUUGAGCAAAAACAAAGGUUGCAGCAAGAGAUGCAGAGGUAUCUCUCUCUUAGGCAGAUGCAUCAGGAUGGGGAUGCCCCUGAGAUCCAAAAAAAAGUUUUGUUUUGCUUCCGAGUCAUGUCUCGUUCUUUUGCUGAGCCUACAAAAGCUGAGGAGAAUUUUCAGAUUCUUGAUCAAUUGAAAGAUGCUAAUGUCUGGAAGAUAUUGACGAAUAUUCUUGAUCCAAACGUUAGCUUUCAUCAAGCUUGUUCUAGUCGGGAUGAUUUGCUUAAAAUACUUGGCGAAAAACACCGACUUUAUGAUUUCCUGAGCACUCUUUCUAUGAAAUGUUCGUAUUUACUUUUUAACAAGGAGCAUGUAAAAGAAAUUUUUCUGGAGGUUGCCGUACAAAAAUCCUCUGGGAACGCACAAUAUACACAAUCUUGCAUGGAUAUACUAGGGAUUCUUGCACGCUUCAGUCCAUCUUUGCUGGGUGGCACCGAAGAAGAACUGGUAAAUUUACUGAAAGACGACAACGAAAUUAUAAAAGAAGGUGUCUUGCAUGUUUUAGCAAAAGCUGGUGGGACCAUUCGAGAACAACUUGCACAGUCAUCAAGUUCUGUUGACCUUGUACUGGAAAGGCUCUGUUUAGAAGGAAGUCGGAGACAGGCCAAGUAUGCUGUUCAUGCACUAGCGGCAAUAACAAAGGAUGAUGGGCUCAUGUCUCUCUCUGUUUUAUACAAGAGGCUUGUAGACAUGCUAGAGGAGAAGACUCAUUUGCCGGCUGUUCUACAAUCUCUGGGAUGUAUUGCAGAGACUGCAACGGCAGUUUUUGAAACUAGAGAGAGUGAAAUUGUAGAAUUCAUAAAAAGCAAGAUUCUUGGGUGCGGCAAUAAAAAAGUAGAGAGUGAAGCAUCUUGGGAUGACAGAAGUGAACUUUGUUUAUUGAAGAUUUAUGGAAUUAAAACAUUGGUCAAGAGCUACUUGCCUGACAAAGAUGCCCACCUUCGUCCUGGAAUUGAUGAACUUCUGGGAAUUCUGAGAAACAUGCUUUCUUUUGGUGAAAUGUCAGAAGAUUUAGAAUCAAGUUCAGUUGAUAAAGCCCAUUUGAGGCUGGCUUCAGCAAAGGCAAUUCUUCGUUUGUCAAAGCACUGGGAUCAGAAGAUACCUGUUGAUGUCUUCCACUUGACUGUGAAGACUCCAGAGAUAUCUUUCCUUCAAGCUAAGAAACUAUUCCUGAGCAAAGUUCAUCAAUAUGUAAAGGACCGGCUUUUGGAUGCAAAAUAUGCUUGUGCAUUCUUAUUUAGUAUAACUGAAUCUAAGCCACUUGACUUUGAAGAGGAGAAACAGAACCUGGCCGACAUCAUUCAGAUGAAGGCACGUCAGAUCUCUGUGCAGUCUGAUGCAAAUUCAUCGACAGCAUAUCCUGAAUAUAUUCUCCCGUAUGUGGUUCAUACUUUAGCGCAUCAUUCAUGUCCAAAUAUAGAUGAAUGCAAGGAUGUCAAAGCAUUUGAAUUGGUAUACCGGCGACUGUACUUAAUCAUUUCUGUGUUGAUUCAUAAAGAUGAAGAUGUCAAGUCAGAAGCUAGUAACAACAAGGAGAAGGAGAGUAUUUCUCCAAUAAUCUCUCUUUUUCAUAGUAUUAAGUGCUCAGAAGACAUAGUUGAUGCAGCCAAGUCAAAGAAUUCACAUGCUAUUUGUGACCUUGGAUUGUCGAUCAUAAAGCGUUUAUCACAAAAGGAGGAUGAUACACAAGAGAUGAUUUCAUCCGUCUCUCUGCCCCCAAUGCUGUACAAACCAUAUGAAAAGAAAGAAGGUGAUGACUCUCAGGUAAGUUUUCUCCUGGAAAGUUUUAACCUUUUCUGGCUUAGUCAAAUUUAUGAAAGCCUAGAUUCUGUGGAAGUAAAAGUUGCUCAUUCACUGUCAUUAUUAGGUUGGAUGUGA